GAGAAGUAUAGAUCUGGGUAUGAUGGAGACAUCUAGCCUCUAAUCAUGGGCACUUAAGGGGAUUGCAGACUUGAAGGGGUUGAACCAACUACCCGCAAGUCAUGGGCAUCCGAUGUUGUGUAAGAAAUAGAUGCAGGCAGGGGGAGAAAGAUGGCCAUUUUUGCCAAAUCGUAAUCGAAGAUGUUGAUGAGACCACAUUGUUCAAACACAGGGAGCUGGAGAAGAAGCGUCGUCCUCCAAAACCAAAGGAAACAUUUGUGAGUGAAAGGUGUUGCUAUUAAUCCUUACUCAGGAACAACCGCCGUAAGCCAGGAAUUUCCCAGGCCAACAAGGACAUAGUCGUCGUAUUCAGAGCUGCAAUAAAUAGAGAUGGACUCAUCCUGGGCUAUCUUCUUCCAUUUCCUUACGAGUCUGGGAAGGGUGGGUGACUGAGGCAUGGAGACUUGGAUGUAGCAAAGAGAAACCCUGAGAAGUGGAAAGCAGACAUUCAACAUUGGAGUGUGGCAUGCCACCCGUUGACAAGGUACUGGCGGCAAAAAAGAUCCAGGCCUGGUGGCGGGGCACGCUGGUGCGACGCACACUACUGCACGCGGCCCUCAGAGCUUUGAUCAUCCAGUGCUGGUGGAGGCAGGUGCUGGCGAAGCUGCUGGCGAAGAAGCGGCGGGCCGCGCUGGAGCUCUGCGCACGGCAGCAAUGGGCAGCAGUCAGGCUGCAGUCCUGGGUCCGCAUGUGGCGUGUCCGUCGGCGUUACUGUCGUUUGCUCAACGCUGUCCGCAUCAUCCAGGUCUAUUGGCGCUGGCGAAGUUGCCAUACCCGUGGCUUUUUCCACGGCAGCUACGAGCUGGCAACAAGCCAGCUGAACCUUGAGCUUGACAUCUUCCUGGGAUCACAGAUUUGCCGAAUUACGGACUGCAUCCCCUUCCCAAUAAAGAACUGACCAGAUCUGCUCCAA